AUGUUCAAAAGAUUUACUAAAGAAGAUAUUCAUUCUCGUUCUAACAUUAAAUCAUCAGCUCAAAGAGGUUUGAAAUCUAAAUUUAUUGAUCAGUUCCCUGAUACUGAAUCAGCUAUAGAUUUAAUUAUACCGAAGAAAUCACAAGUAAUUCUUAUUAAAUGUGAAGAAAAGAUUCAAUUAUAUAGUAUAAAUGAUGAAGUUGUUCUUUUUCAACAUUUUGAUGAUUUAAUUCCUCAUUUAAAAGUAGUUCAUAAAUUUCCUGAAGCAUUUCCAAGAGUUCAAGUUGAUAGAGGUGCUAUAAAAUUUGUUCUUUCAGGUGCAAAUAUAAUGUGUCCUGGUUUAACAUCAGCAGGAGCUAAAUUACCAGAAGAAAAUAUGGAAGUUGAUUCUAUUGUUGCUGUAUAUGCUGAAGGUAAAGAAACUGCUUUAGCAAUUGGGAAAUUGGUCAUGAGUAUUGAUGAUAUUAAAACUAAGAAUAAAGGUAUUGGUAUUGAAUUAUUACAUUAUUUAGGUGAUGGAUUAUGG